UUUCCCCUUCGUCAAUCAAUCAAUCGCCCACCAUGGCCCCCUCCCAGCUCCCCCCGGUUUUCAACCCUACCGCGCAGGACAUUGAGAUGCUCCUUGCCGCCCAGUGCCACCUUGGUUCCAAGAACCUUCAGGUGCACAUGGAGCCCUACCUGUGGAAGACCCGUGCCGACGGUGUCAACGUCCUGAACAUUGGCAAGACCUGGGAGAAGAUCGUCCUGGCCGCCCGUAUCAUCGCCGCCAUCGACAACCCCGCCGAUGUCUGCGUCGUCUCUGCCCGUCCCUACGGUCAGCGUGCCGUCCUGAAGUUCGCCCACCACACCGGUGCCACCGCCAUUGCUGGUCGUUUCACCCCCGGUAACUUCACCAACUACAUCACCCGCUCUUUCAAGGAGCCCCGCCUUAUCAUCGUGACCGACCCUCGCACCGAUGCCCAGGCCAUCAAGGAGGCCUCUUUCGUCAACAUCCCCGGUCGUCACUCCAUCGGUCUCGUCUGGUGGAUGCUCGCCCGUGAGAUCCUCCGUCUCCGUGGUACCCUCGCUACCCGCGAGACCGAGUGGGACUCCGUUGUCGAUCUGUACUUCUACCGCGACCCUGAGGCCGAGGAGAACAAGGAGGUCGCUGAGGAGGCCAAGGCCCCCGGUGCUGAUGAGAUUGGCGCUGGUGCCGUUGAGUCCGGCUUCGCUGGUGACAACUGGGAUGUUAACGCUCCCGGUGCUGGUGCCCCUGGCACUGCCUUCGCUGCCGCUUCCGCCGCUGUUGGUGCCACCAGCUGGGAGGCUGACGGUGCUGACUGGGCUGCUAGCUCCACCCAGCAGCCCACCGAGUGGGCCGCUGAGACCACCCAGGCUGCUGCUGCUGCCCCUGCCACUGAGACCAAG